AUGAAGACAGCCAAUUGCAAGGAGAUUAAAGAGUUUGUUUUCCAAGGGUUCUCCAAUUUCCAAGAACACCAACUCACACUCUUUAUGGUCUUUCUUGCCUUAUACAUCCUAACUCUGGCUGGAAAUAUCAUCAUUGUGACUAUUAUCCGCAUUGACCACCAUCUCCAUAUUCCUAUGUACUUCUUCUUAAGUGUCCUCUCCACCUCAGAGACUUUCUACUCCCUGGUCAUUAUCCCACGCAUGCUUUCAGGCCUUGUAGGUCUGAGCCAAUCCAUCUCCCUGGAGUGCUGUGGAACUCAGCUCUUUUUCUUCCUUGGCUUUGCUAUCACCAACUGUCUCUUGCUGGCAGUAAUGGGAUAUGACUGCUAUGUGGCCAUCUGCAACCCUCUUCGCUACUCCAUCAUAAUGAAUUGGAGAGUUUGUAUCAUGCUGGCAUCCUCAGUGUGUGCUACAGGGUUCUUGCUUUCCUUGCUUCAGGCUGUGGUCAUUUUCAGGCUGCCCUUUUGCAGCUCACUAAUUGAGCACUUCUUCUGUGAUGUUCGACCUGUUUUGGAUCUGGCCUGUGCUAUCCCCAUCAUCAAUGAUAUCCUGACCUUAAUUAUCAGCCUCCUGGCUAUCACAGCCCCUUCCACUUUCCUUUUCAUCUCUUAUAUCCUCAUUAUUUCCACUAUUUUCAAGAUUGCCUCAGCUGAAGGCCGAAAGAAGACUUUUGCUACCUGUGCCUCUAACCUCAUUGUGGUUAUUGUCCACUAUGGCUGUGCUUCCAUUGCCUAUUUCAAGCCUAAAUCAAAGAAUACCAAAGAUCAGGAUCAGUUAAUCUCAGUGACCUACACUGUAAUAACACCUUUACUAAACCCUGUUGUGUACAGUCUGAGAAAUGAGGAAGUUCAGGAUGCUCUGUGUAGAGUGGUGGGUAGGAAAUCCCUUUCUUAA